AUGAAAACAUGGGGGAAACACCAUGAGAAUUUUCCGAAGACGAGCAACGCAAAGAGGAGCAGUGGUGAGGACCGGCCGGACCGGAAGGAAUCUGCCGGUGUGGCGUUUACGGCGUGGCGCAAAGAAGCGCGGGCGCCGGCGGGUGUAUGGCUCAUUGUGACGGUGGAGAAGGCGACAGCGUUCUUGGCACUCAAGGGGCCGGCCGAGAUGGAGUGUCGGAUUGGAAAGGCGGCAAGGAAGCCGCAAAUUAGUAGUGGUAAAGAAGCGAGAGGAGGUGAAGCCGGUCAAGUGUUCGAAUCCCGUAGGGGAUACUUCAAUUCUUUCUCUAACAUUGAGAUGGACCUUGACACGGACGACGAGGAGGAAGAGGUCCGCCUGGUAGACAAGGAGACCCCGACGGAGACGGAAGAGCACGGCGCAACGGAAGACGUGAGAGCCGCGGUGGGACGACAUGGGAGCCGCAAUUACCGUAAAAGCCGUGGGAGCAUGGGCGGAGAUAGCUUUGAAGGACACGGAGCGGGUGGUGUCGCCCGGCGGCAAACGUUAUCUGAAUAA